AUGCAACACUCAUUAAUCUCAGCCCUGCUGGUGGGGGCGGCGGUGACGACAGCAUGUGUACCCCCGACUGACACCCUAUCGAACACGAUUACCACUCAAUUCGGGAUCCUGAUUCAGAAUCCAGCGUUCCCCACCAUUCACGACCGUUACAUGAAUCUGCUGCCGGCUGGCGGCGGAGACCAACAUCUGUUCCUGAGCCCAGUUGCCAACCCGACAUUUAAACUUGUGCUUAACGCUGGCGCACUCGCACAGGGUAUUAUCCACGCGGUUAUUGGCGGCGAGUACUCUGAAGUCGAUAACACGACCAAGAUGUUUAUGACGGAACGUGAUGAGCCGAAGGCUAUCUUCCAGCCAGUCUACGGCUGCGAUCCAGACACAGACCAGGUUCAGAUUCAGUUGGAGUUUGUAACUUGGGAAACAGAGCCCGCUGGUGGACACAUUUGCGUGCGAGUUGCCUCCGGCAACAGGGGUUAUGAGUUUCGAUAUUCGCCCCCAGAUAAUCCGGCUUUUGACCCGACAAAUCCAUGCAUGGCGGUGACAAUGGUUGUGGUCUCGACGGCGGCACCUACGACCACCUCAUCCUCAACUUCCAUUAGUGUCACUACCAGCACAUCCGCCAGCGCCACAACCAGCAGCAGCCCGCUCCCAUACACAGACAUGACAGCCAAAGGCUUCGCCUUCGUCGGUUGCGCACCAGAGGAGCGCCACGCCACCGAUGCUCCGGGACGUACUCUCUCCGGGGCUCUCUACGCCGAUGACUUGAUGACGGAUGGAAAGUGCAUGGAUUUCUGCACCUCUAAAGGGUACACCUAUGCUGGGUCGGAAUGGACGCGGGAAUGUUGGUGCGGCAAUACUGUUGCGCCUGGGAGACAGCCAGCCACGACGGUCGCCAGUUUAGCGAACUGUAACUUUAAGUGUGGUGGUGAUGCAACGCAGUGGUGUGGUGGGGAUUCGUGGUUGAGUUUGUAUAAGGCAUGCCCUGUUGGAGGGCCGUGUGUUAAUGCUGUAUUUACUUGAAUGAGAGAUAAGAGAUGGGAAGGAAAUGAAGUCAUGAAUGAUGCCACGAGAGGGGAAUAAUGGGGCACACAGAAGGACGAUGUGCCCUUAUUCGAUUCUGGCACUCCCUAUGCACUAUUGACAGAUGAAAAACUUUGGGUGACAUUUGUCCUCAAUAGACGCAAUGUACCAGACAACCUCUCGAUGAGUUAGUGAAGAAGCAUCAUGGUCUUCGAGAUAAAUUGGUG